AUUCCCAUAUCUUCUGAAAAGAAUGUGAUCUUCCUGCUUCAUUCAACUGGUACCUGGCUCAUGCUGGUUAACAAGGUCGAAUCUCUUGAACCACAAUUGGAAGAACUUGAUUACUAUUUCACGGACAAAGAGACAAAAGAAGCAGUGAAGAAUACAAGGAACUUAUGA